AUGAGCGGCCAAAAUAAUCCCGAUGCUGGCUUCCAAAAGGAGUCAUUACUGGCUGCUGCCAAAGUGGGAGGCCUGAGUGGAACUGCGGGCUUGAUUUAUGGAGGAGCUGCUGGUGUGAUCAGGUCCCCCAAUCCAGUGGUACACUCACUGUCGUGCGGUAUUCACUGGUUUGCAUGCGGUUCAGCCUUUUGGUGGCUGCGAAGCAACAUCAUCAAGCUUCAUUUUCAAGAUAAGACCUCUCCUCAAGAGCGGGCAUAUGUCAGUGCCCUCUGCGGUGGCAUAUCUGGUGGGGUGGUAACGAGGCUUAUGGGAGGCCGCCUGGUGCCUGGUUUCGUCAUUUUCUCACUACUCGGCUACUGUGGUCAAAGUGCCUUCAACAGGGUUGAUACAUGGCAGAUGGAAAAGGCCCAGAACCCGGGCAAGCCUUUUUUACAGCGGAUGGCUGAAUCUAAAUGGAUCCCACUCCGACACCUGUCAGACGAAGAAUACCGGGGCAUCCUCAGCGAGAAGCUGCUGAGCAUUGAGGCUGAAAUUGCUCUCCUUGAUGAAAAGAUCGAGGAGCUAGAGAAGACCCGGCCCGUGCCUCACACCCCUAACACCCCUGUCAAAUAA